GGCAUCUUUGUAUGUAGGAGAAGCUACAAAUUGGUAAACACUUAAGAAUCAUGACUAGGAAACACUUGGAAGUUUAUUAGAGAAGUAAAUGUUUUUCCAUUCAAGAACAGGACCUGCCUGUACCUCUGUGGUUCCGGGUAUCGUGUGAAGACCAUUCUAGGUGACUGGCCAAGGGAAGGAAUACCCUACUGAUACUGGAGCCACAGCCGUACUGCCAGUACCAUGUCUACCAUACAAAGAAAGGGCAGCAGCCACCUGUUCAACAGUGUGCACACCUGUAGACUGAAGAUUCCAGAGGACCAGCAACAUCAAGAAAAAUCUGUCAUUGCUCAACCAACAUUUGUUUUUGAAAAGAGAAAACAAACUUUUAAGAGACCUGCAGAAGACACCCUGUAUGAAGCAGCAGAACAUGAAUGUAAUGAUUCUUCAAGAAAGCGUGUUCGGUCUUCAUCUUUUACUUUGCAUACUGCAGAUUCUCAAUCCCCAGGAGCAUCAACCUUGUCCCAGAAGCGACUAAGAUCGUCAUCCUUCACGGAUCUCCCGACCUUCCCCCCUUCUGGGCCAGUGAAGAAAAACAAUGUUUUUAUGACAUCAACUUUUGUGCAAAGGAAUGUUGAUGUGAACAGUGCAGAACAAGGUCCUGUGAAACAUUCUGAACAUGUUCUAAGACCUGCUAUCUUGCAGCCACCUCAAGCUCAAAAGUGUAUAAAAGUAAGAAAAUCAUUUGGACACAAUGUGUUGGAAUCCUGCAAGAGUAGAGAAAAAAACAAAAAUAAGAUUUCUGAGGAGAACUCCUAUUUGCUAAGUGAAAAUUUACCAAGUGCCAGAAUUUCAGUCCAGCUGUCUACUAACCAGAAUUUUUUAGGUCCUACACCAGUAGGAUGUCAACCAAAUGAAGAUAAGUAUUCUUUUAAAAGCUGCAGUUCUGAUUUCGUUUUUGGAGAAAACAUGGUAGAAAGAGUUUUGGGUACUCAAAAACUCACUCAGCCUCAACUUGAAAAUGAUUCAUACAUCAAGGAAAAAACAUUCAAAUUCACUUUAAAAUUUCCUAUCAACUCUCCAAACUCAAGAACAGACUCUCUUAAGAAUAUACCCCUAACUGAAUCAGCUGCUGCUUUCUCUUCUAAACCAUCACCAAAAUGUUUGCUGGAGAAAAUUGAUGUCAUAACCGGGGAGGAGACAGAACACAGUGUGUUAAAGAUCAACUGCAAGCUUUUUAUAUUCAACAAAACAACACAGUCCUGGAUUGAAAGGGGCAGAGGAGCUUUGAGACUGAAUGACACAGCAAGCAGUGAUUGUGGAACAUUCCAGUCAAGACUAAGUAAUACAUGUCCAUUACAGAAGAUGGAAAAUAUGGAUCGACAAGAAGAAAAAAAAAUUAAAUUACUCAUAGGCCUAUCUUCCUGUAGUAGCUAGCU